GUGUUUGUCGAGCUAGUCUGUUGCUGGUGAAAAACGACGCAAAAUGGGCGACCACGGCCCGGAUAUGAACAUACUGGAAACUGAUUAUGUUGUGUUAAUUUCAGUGGUGCCAGCGGUGCUCGGAUUAACAGCGGCUGCGAUCCUAGCAGUCACGGCUUGUUUUUGUGCUAGGCGUUUCCGUCGACAGAAAAAGAAGGCCGGACACGAGGUAUCCUCACUUCCAUUCCAGCCCCCGCGACCGCCCCGGGCGGUACGGUCUCCGAGCGGUCAGCCUCCGCAAUAUCUGAAAAAGUCACCCUCGCCCACGGGCAUCAAACCCCCACCGGGAGGGCACCUGCCGGCUCAGUCGCCCACGGAACAGAGCUGUAUACCGACUAACCCGACGGCAACCAUCACAACGACCACCACCAAGUACAGCGAGGAAAAUGAAUUAACACCCAAAAAGAGCCACCUGGAGCCCAAAUCGCCGGAUGGUGAUACUGUGGAUGGGAAUGAGAACGAAACCGAGUACGGGAAGCUGGGCUCAAUUGUAUUUAAGUUACGCUAUUUGGCUGAUCGAAAUGCGCUGGUCGUUUCUGUGGUUCGCUGCAGAGGAUUGCCGGGAAAGAAUCAUAACUCAUCCAGUGGAUCGGAUCCGUCCGGUGGACCACUGUGCAAUGGCAACGGGAACGUAAAGCAAACAGCUACGGAUCCAUACGUGAAACUGCAGCUGCUACCCGAUAAGCAACAUAAAGUCAAGACAAGAGUCGUCCGCAAUACUCGCAAUCCGGUGUAUGAUGAAGACUUUACUUUCUAUGGAUUAACACUGAACGAGCUGGCCGGCAUGUCGCUGCACUUCGUUGUGCUCAGUUUCGAUCGUUACAGCCGAGAUGAUGUCAUUGGCGAAGUGGUGUGUCCACUAAGCGGAAUCGACCUGCACCAGAUCGAGAAUCAACAGGUAGCUCUGAGCCGUGAAAUUCAACCGCGGAGUCUGAAGAUACGUGCCCAAGGCCGUGGUGAACUGUUGAUUUCCCUUUGCUGGCAACCGGCCGCCGCGAGAUUGACCGUUGUUUUGCUGAAAGCUCGCAACCUCCCGCGGAUGGACGUGACGGGACUGGCUGACCCGUACGUUAAGAUCUACCUUCUGUACAAUGGACAGCGAAUCGCGAAGAAGAAAACGCACGUCAAGAAGCGGACGCUCAGUCCGGUGUUCAACGAGAGUUUCGCGUUCGACAUCCCGUCUACGGAGGGAACCGGAGCUACGUUGGAAGGCGUUUCGCUCGAACUGAUGCUGCUCGAUUGGGACCGGGUAACGAAGAACGAAGUUAUCGGCCGGCUGGAACUGGGCGGGCCACGUAGUACAGGGUCGGCAUUGAAUCACUGGAAGGAGGUGUGCAAUUCGCCCCGCCGACAGAUUGCCGACUGGCACAAAUUAAGGGAGUAA